AAAAUUUUCUACUGCUGCAGCUGGGGUUGGGGGGGGGGGCUUCUCUGUUUCUUUCACCUUGUUCCUCCUUUUUCUUUUCUCUCUCUCUUGUUCUCUUUUAUUCUCCUUUUUCUCUUUUAGAGGUAAAAAUUUCAUUUGGCAAUUCUGCUCGUUCGUUUCAAAAUCCCAUUGCAACUCUGUCACCCUUUGAGGUAGGCGGAGGACGCCUGCUCGUUGAUCUCUUCCCCCCUGUUUUUGAACCUUGGGAAAGGUCUUUUAUUUCCACAGCUAACAUAUAACCCCCCCAAAAAAAUGGGCAUUUGCUUCUCUAAGAAAAGGAGUGAUACAGAUGAGUCAGUCCGCCAUGUGGAAUUUGCUGGUGGAAACGUACACCUCGUUACUACAAAAGAAAGCUGGGAUCAGAAACUGACAGAAGCUAAGAAUGAUGGCAAAAUUGUUAUCGCGAAUUUCAGCGCUUCGUGGUGUGGACCUUGUAGAAUGAUUGCACCAUACUAUUGCGAGCUAUCCGAGAAAUAUCCAUCUCUGAUGUUUCUAACUAUUGAUGUAGAUGAACUUACUGAAUUUAGCACGUCAUGGGACAUAAAGGCAACUCCAACCUUCUUCUUCCUUAGGGAUGGACAGCAGAUCGACAAACUGGUUGGUGCCAACAAACCAGAGUUGCAGAAGAAGAUCACUUCAAUAGUAGAUUCUGAGAGUCCAGCUCCGCAGCACAAAUAGUCUUUUCAUCAACUGAUACCAUCAUGGGCAGACAUUGGGUGAUCAUCAUUAUCCGUAGUACCCUAGAGAGUCUGUUGAUAUGUAUGUAAACUGUACAUUUGGUAGUAGCUUCCACUUAAUUCAUUCAGGUAAAUUUCAGUCGAGGCGAUGCAGCAGCUGGGCUUCAAUAUACGUACUCGACUCUUCUCCAUUGUGUUGCUUCCUUUGGUUGUCCACCUGACAGGAGUAUGGCUUUUGUUUGUAAUCUUAUAUGUUUAGUGAGAGAGUCCAGUGAACAGCCAUUCAGCCACGAUGAUUGGAUUGGACAUGUAAAACUGGGAAUAAUUGAGGAUUCAUCUUUACUGGCUUUGCUUGUGAGUUGCGACAGAUGCAACUUACCAUCGAUCCCCCUGUAAAACUGCCUCAUAUUCGUAGCCUUGGAUAUACCAUUUGUUUUAUUUCAUGAAACAAGGUGAGGAGGGGGCUAGCAUGAUGACCUAACUAAGCGGCUGUGAGAACGUGAAUGAACCGGAGGAAAAAUGCCAACCAACUUGGAUGGGAAUAAAAUAAAGUUGGUGUUGCCAGUUGGGAAGAAGAAAAUUAUUCUGGUUUGUUUGCCAAAUUGUCAACAUACUACCAUGUUACUUCUUCUUAUUUGUAUGUGUAUAAUUAAUUAUAUUCCUUCCCAUCAUAAUUUCCUUCUUGUCAAACAAAAUUUGGAGCCUCAAUUUGAGCAGAGGUCAUCACAUUUUCUCCAAACAAUGGCCAAGAUCUAGCCCGGGGAGG